UGCAAGCCACUCUACCUGUACUUUUAUUUUUAAAAAAAUAACGCUCUCCAGUGUAAUUUAAUAUAACUUUGUUAUCAAUGAGUUAUAAUUAUUUAUAAAUACUGAAGAAUAAUCCGUGAUAAUUAUAAAUAAAUAUUAUUCUGUGAGCAAUUAUUACAAUGAAGUUCCGUUAUUUUAAAUUAUUUUCGAGUAUUUGUACCUGCGGGAUCAUUGCGUAUUUUUUUAUGACUUAUUUUUCAUUUAAUCAAAAUUUCGUGUUGGAAAUACCUAAAAUGAGUAAUUUUAUUCCACGGUUUUAUUUUAAAAAUAAACCGGUUAGAUUGAUAGAUUUAAAUAAUGUUCCUAAAAUACGGGAUCAAAUCAAAGAAAGUUUAAAACAUUCGCUUAAUAAUGAAUCUAGUGAACUGGCUGUUUCGAAAACGUGUAUUAUUGACAUGCGUAAAAUACCCGAAGUUGAUGUCCAGAUGUUAGAUUUGUACCGUCAGUUAGAAUUCGAUAAUCCAAAAGGUGGCGUUUGGACACAAGGUUGGAAUAUAAGUUACGACAAAGAACAAUGGAAUAAAAAAAAAAAACUUAAAGUUAUUGUUGUGCCUCACUCGCACAACGAUCCCGGAUGGAUGAAAACAUUCGAAAACUACUAUAAUGAAUCAACGCGACAUGUUUUAGAUAAUAUGGUGAUAAAAUUGUCAGAAAAUAAACUUAGAAAGUUUAUAUGGGCUGAGAUAUCAUUUUUCAAACUGUGGUGGGAUGAACAGUCGGAAGAAACCCGUGAAAAAGUGAAACGUCUAAUUGCCGAUAGGCAGUUGGAAAUAGUUUCAGGGGGGUGGGUCAUGCCAGAUGAAGCCGUCUCACACUGGAUGGCACAGUUGACUCAAUUAACAGUCGGUCAUCAAUGGUUGAAGACAAAUUUAGACUAUCAGCCCACCAGUGGUUGGGCAAUCGAUCCGUUUGGGUUAUCACCGACUAUGCCUUAUCUCCUUAAAAAUUCAGGAUUAAAAAAUGUUCUCAUUCAGCGUGUACAUUAUUCAGUAAAAAAACGUUUGGCUAGAGAUAAAAAUCUUGAAUUUAGAUGGCGGCAGUUAUGGGAUACCACUGGAUCAUCAGAAAUAUUGACACACUUGAUGCCUUUUUCUCACUACGAUAUAAGAUCUAGUUGUGGUCCAGACCCAGACGUUUGUUGUCAAUUUGAUUUUCUUCGAUUAAAGAAUGAUCAGACUAGUUGUUCCGGAAAAACGCGAGCUAAAGCUAUAACGGGAGCAAACGUUGCACAGCUUGCUGAAUUAUUAUUAGACCAAUAUCGUAAAAAAUCCGAACUAUACGAAUCAGACGUUGUCUUAGCACCACUGGGUGACGAUUUUAGCUAUAGUACAGACUUUGAAUGGGAUGCCCAGUUUAAUAAUCAUCAAAAAUUGUUUGAAUAUAUGAAUAAAAAUAAGCAAUUCAAUGUCGACAUUAAAUUUGGGACACUAACGGAUUAUUUCAACGCACUAAGUAAUGACAAAAAUAUUAACGAGCUACCAAGUUUAUCUGGUGACUUUUUUACUUACUCCGACAAAGACCAGGAUUACUGGAGCGGAUAUUAUACAUUACGACCUUUUCACAAAAGGCUCGACCGCGUUCUUAUGUGUGCAUUGCGUGGAACCGAAAUACUGUCGUCAAUCGCAUGGGCACUUGGUCAUAAGCAUUUAGUUAAAGGUAAUUUUGAGAAACGCAUUACCGAAGCAAGGGAGUGGCACUCGUUGUUCCAGCAUCACGAUGCUAUUACAGGGGUAUCUACAGACUACGUCGUUCAAGAUUAUGCUAAAAAAAUAAUCACUGCUCUCAAUGAUUCAGCUCACAUUACCCAGCAAUCAGUAGCGCAUUUAUUAAUAAAUACCGAAAGCCCCUUUUUAGAACCUGAAUCGGUUUAUUUAUCUCUAGACCAAGUUAGGUCUCACCAUACCAGUAUCGGAAAUAGGUACGUCCUAUCAUUUAACGCCAGCGAAUCAUUUAAAAGAGUUAUCAUUUAUAAUUCAUUACCCCGACGACAAAUCAGAGUUCAGACAUUAAUGACAUCAACGCCUUUUGUCAAAGUUACCAAUUAUCGCGGUAAACUAUUGCAGUGUCAAAUAUCACCCGUUUGGACUGAAUCGGCAGAACUUUCAAACAACCGUUAUGAAUUAUCAUUUGUCGUUACUAUAUCUGGUUUUGGACUCAAUACAUACCUAAUCGAUUCAGUUAAAAAUAUCAACAAUUUGCCUCCAAGUGUUCAUUUCGCUAAUAUAACUCUAUUCAACACAAUAAUUUCCCCAUCAAGUGUACCAGGAUUUAAUGAUUUCAAAAUUAUUCCUUCUGCACAAGAAUUUUCAGUUAAACAACGUCCGGAUACUUCGGCUGAUUUUUCAAAGUCUGGGUUUCUUAAAUCUUUGCGAAAUGGAGAUACAAUUACAUCAGUAAAUUUGGAAUUCGUUAAAUAUGAAACUAGGGAUAGUGACGGUCAUUUAUUUAUACCAAAUAAACCAGAUCCUGAUCCUAUUUACAUGACUAAUGAUCGUGUCAUUCGGUUGGUCACGGGUCCCAUUUUAUCGAGAGUAUUUGUAAUGCUGCCGCAUGUUAAACACACUUACACGUUGUUCAAUUCACCUGGAAGCGAUGGUCUAGGACUUCAUAUUUCCAAUCAAGUUGAUAUUACUGAGUCAAAAAAUUUUGAACUGGUUAUGCGUUUAAGCACAAACAUUUCUUCUGGUGAUGAGUUUUUCACCGAUUUAAAUGGUCUUAAUAUGAUUAAGCGCCAAAGAUUUUUAAAAUUACCUACCCAAGCUAAUUACUAUCCUCUUCCAACAGUUGGUUACAUUCAAGAUAAAAAAACACGAUUAACAAUCGUGACAGGGCAGCCGUUGGGAGCGGCAUCCAUGGCUUCUGGACAAUUUGAAAUAAUGCAAAAUCGUAGAUUCAUACAGGACUUUUUGCCUGGUCUUGGACAAGGAGUCACAGAUAAGUUAUCAACAAACCAUAUCUUUAUGCUAGUGUUAGAAAAAAAGAAAUCGUCCUGCAAUACUUUAUCAGUGAAUCACCCUGCAGGAGCGCUUUCUAUUGGUGGAUUAUUGGCGUCAGAUGAAAUUUUACAUCCUCUUAUCACUAUGCAUCCACAGCCGGCACUAGAUAUUGAUUAUAAUUAUAAAAACCAUUUUACACCUCUAAAUUUUGAUCUCCCAGUAGAUUUAUCUAUUGCUAAUCUUCGUGUUUUUCCAGUAGCUGAAAGUGCUGAUGAAGGUCUUGGUAUAGUAUUCCACCGUCAACUUAUCGAUACUUGUUGGAGUGAUGAAAUCAUUGGACGUUCAAAAUUAUCAAAUAAUGGUGAAAUAAAUAUUAGAAAAUUAUUUAGUUUCAUUAAAGACUGGACUAUUAAUGAAUCGUCGUUGACUUUCAAUAAUAUUGGGCCGUUACUGAAAUCGCAGAUUAUUAGUUUAUGCCCACAUCAACUUUCGGCGAUUUUAUUUAGAAAAAACCAUUAAAAAAUUUUAAGUUUAUCUACUAAAAAAAAAAAAAACAAUAUGUUUGUGCGAAACUGGAUAUUUUUAAAGUUUACGUCUUUUGGCGCGUUUAGUUGAGAAUAAAGUUGGGAGCUACGCGCGUAAACCAUAACGCCAAUCCCUAAUUAAAAAAAUUCAUUAAAUAGAAUUGAAAAAAAUGAAAUAUGAACUUUAUUCUUUUCAAUAACUAAAUAAUUAUUGAAUUUCUGAUUUCGUAUAAAAUUAAAAUGUAUUUAUAAUUCUGAAUUUCUCUGAAUGCAUUUCAAACAGUAAAUAAAACUAAAUUUCUGGUCUCGUCUAUAAUUUAAAAAAAUUCAAAUGAAUUCACGACCUCGGAUACUUCUCAAUUACUUCCAAUCAGUAAAUUCUACAAAAUUCAAGAGUAUUAUAAAUUAGUUUCAAUUCUUUUCAAUGAAAUUUUUUAAUCAGGGAUCAGAAACCAUGAAGUUGGCCAUCAAAGAUAAUUAAAAGUGUAUAUUUAUUUUACUUAACGAGUUAACUUAUAUACAAACUAGACGCAAAGUAUAAUCCAACAAAACACGUUGUUAUUCUUUUUAAUAAAAAAAUUUUUUUUCUUAGUUAAAAUCGAACAAAAACGAUAUGAGUAGACCAUAAUAUCACUAAGAGCUAGUUCAUAUAAUAAGAUUAAACAUCAUGAAAGAUUGCCAAAUCCUUGCGACACAGUUAGAAAUUUUGUGUUAAAUUCAACACAAAUCGUCUGUUGCAAACAGUCUACACAAAGUAUUGUGUUAAUUCAACACAUUGCGUUUGUGUUGAUCUUUAACACAAAUUUUAUGUUAAAUAAAAUUGAACACAUAAAAUCUGUUUUUUUGACAGAAAAUUUGUGUACAUUUAACAGAACAUUUGUGUAAAUUUGACACAUUUUUCGUAUUAAAAUCAACUAAUAAACAUAAGCACAUAACCUAACCAACUCAAGUAUACUGAUCUACUUAGUAGAACUUAUGUCAAUUUAGCGAACGAUUUACAUUGCCCCAGAAAAAAAAAUUUUUUUUCGGUUUUUUGAAAAAUUUCGACUGAUUCUUCCAUAAUAGACGGAAAAUAAACGAAUUUGAUGGCUAAGGAGGUAAAGUCGGAGGUAUGGGAGUAAAGUCGAAAUAAUGAUCAUUAUUUCGAGAUCAAUUAAAAAUUUUUAGGAUCGAUAAAAAUAUAUUUAAUACGUGUUGUGUUAAAAUUUCAGAGACCUAGGGUUCAUAGUUUAUUUAUAAUACGAGAUUAAUAUAGGUCAAAUAGAUAAUAUAAUCAAUAUAGAUUAAAUAUAGGUCAUUUAACAUUGUAAUGAUAUACCAGAUCUCACACCUACUCUUGUUUUAAUAAAUUUUAUGAUGAAAAAAUAAUGAGAAAGCUUUGAAAAACUCAUUGUGUAAAAAAAAAAAUUUCAAAAAUUAUUGAAAAAAAAAUCAAGUUCAGGGUACUUAAUUAUAAAAUUAAUUCAGUUUAAAAAUUCUAAAUUUCAAAAAAAUAGUCAGCCAUAGCAAAUGUGGGUUAUGUUGACGGCAUCGUUGUAAAUAGUGGCCCAAGUGGCCAAAUGUUAACUUUUUCGUAUCGAAAAAGUUAACAAAAAAAAUGUUAACAUUUAUAUUGAGAUGUAAAAAGGCAAAUUUUUAUCAACAAAUAUCACUACUAAUGUCCAGCAAAAUGUUAACUUUUUUCUGUCUCAAAAAGAUAACUUUUUGGUAACAAAUUGUUAACUAUUUAUUGACAUUUUCAUAACUUAAUGUUGACAUUUUUCAACUUUUUGUUAACAAAUCACAAUGUGUUUUUGGUUACCAAAAACAUAACAAAUUGUUAACUUUUUAUUGGUAACAAGUUGAUGGAAAAAAGUUGACUUUAAUUUAACAAAUCAGUCUUAUUUUAGUUGAUUUAAUGUUAACAAUUUUAAGGAUCAUUAGAGGUUAGGGGUAGUAUAAACCGCGGGAAAUUUGAAAAUUUACAAAUAAACAAACAUAAAUUCUAAAAAUAUUCUAUCAU